CAUCAAUGGAUGUCACCAGAAGUAGAGCAGCAACAAAGAGUGGUGGAAGAGGAGGAGGAGGAGGAGUUGUUGUAGCAGGGUCUGUUUGGGAAUCCAGAAUGAAGAGCGAUGAAGUUAAAGGAGGAAUCAAAGUCUUCAAUGGAGAAGAAACCAGCAACAACAAUAACAAUCUUGAUGAUAAUCACAAUGGUGUUGAUAAUAAAAAAGUCGUCUUGAAGAAAGGGCAAACGAAGAGAAAGACAUGGAAAUCUGAAAGCAUUGAGGGUCCAAUUCAGAUUGCCAAAGGGAAAAGUGCUGAUCUUCAAGAAUGUAAAAGCCCUGUUCCGGUCAAGAAAAGCAGCCCAAUUCAGACUAAAAAGACAAGAUCUGAGCUUGUUAAAUCAAAAUCUGAACCCCUCAACGGAGUUGAAAAGAGUUCUCCACCAUCACCGCUUCAGUUGAGGAAGGUCAAGUCUCAGCCUCAGCCUCAGCCUCAACCUUAACCUUAGCCUGAGCCUGAGCCAAACAAAAAUUCUGAUGAAGAAGAAGACAAAAACAAAAAUGAGAAAUUCCCAGUUGAGAGAUCUGAAGAAGAACAAGAAGUUGAAGUUGUGGAAGUGUGUGAAGAUAAGGCCAUUUCAGGUGAGGUAAAGAAUGUGACUGUCACAAAAUCUCCCCCUCAAAAUUUCCCAGAUGUUGAAAUGGAAGAAUGUGUUGAAGAAGACGAAGAAGAAGAAGAACAGAUUGAUGAAGAAGAAUUUGAAGAAGUGAUUGAGGGUGAUGAGAUUGAGAUUGAGAAGAAGAGUGUUGACAUUAAAGAGAUUAAUGUGGAAGAAUUGAAGCCUCCAAGAGUUGUUGUGUUCAAUCAAUUCAACAACCAAUCAACUCCAUUCCCAGUUUACACAAAUUUCACAAAGCCAAGUCCAAGUAAAAGUUCAGUUGCAGAAGAGUACCAUAGCUUCCCACAAACUCACAACAAACUGCAGAAUUUAGUGGAUUUAGUAAUGUGGAGAGAUGUAUCAAAAUCAGCAUUUAUCUUUGGGAUUGGCACGUUUAUAAUAAUCUCAUCUUCCUACACUACUGAUCUCAAUAUCAGCUUUAUUUCUGUGGUUUCCUAUCUGGGUUUGGUUUAUCUUGCUGUAAUAUUCCUCUACAGAUCCAUUCUUUGCAGAGGUUAUAUAAAUAUAGAAGAUGAUUCAAGUUAUGUGCUUGGAGAACAAGAAGCAAUUUGGUUAUUAAAGCUGUUCCUUCCUUAUUUAAAUGAGUUUCUUCUGAAGCUAAAAGCACUUUUUUCUGGUGAUCCUUCUACUACAAUGAAGUUGGCAGUGCUUCUCUUUGUUUUGGCCAGGUGUGGCAAUUCCAUUACCAUCUGGAAAACGGCCAAAUUGGGCUUUUUUGGAGUUUUCAUUAUUCCUAAAGUUUGCUCUUCUUACUCCACACAGUUAACUGCAUACGGCAAGUUUUGGAUUCGACGCUUUCGUGAUGCAUGGGAUUCAUGUUCUCACAAAAAGGCAGUUGCCGGUGCCGUUUUUACCCUUGUAUGGAACCUAUCUUCAAUUGUUGCUCGCAUUUGGGCAGUGUUCGUGCUAUUUGUGGCUUUCCGAUAUUAUCAACAGUCGAUGGUGAGAGAUGAUUGGGUUGAGGAUGAAACAAAAGUAGAAGAGGAAACAUGUAAUGGGCCUCAAAUUGGACGACAAAAAGAAGUGCAUAGGCCCAAUAAAGAAGGCCAAAAGCCCAAUAAUGAAGGGUUUAAGCCCAUUAAUGAAAGGUAUAAGCACAAUAAUGAAGGGAAUCGGCCCCUUAGAGAAUGGCGUAGGCCCACAUCAGGGCAAGCAAAUAAAGCGAAGAAAGCAUCGUAGAGAAAAUAUCAAUUCAAGCCCUUAGUUUUCAUGUGGUCAAGUAUGAUAUGCAAGUUAUAAUUUUUAUUUUUUUUGUUUUUUUACAUAUAUAUAGAUUUAUUUUCUUGUUGUAAAUAUACUUUGUUUGGAGACAUUACGUUCUCUUACUAACAAGCCCAAUAGAGCAACAUCACCAAUAAAUAUUCAUAUUUA